AUGUCGAUUAUUCUCGAGCCUCCGGAGUUGGGAUUCAAGCGUCCCUUCGACCGUGAAGUUUGCCAGAUUUUACACCUCAAGAAUGAGAACGCAGAGCCGGUGGUCUUCAAGGUCAAAACGACCGCCCCUAAGCACUACUGUGUUCGCCCGAACUCGGGCCGGAUAGACCCUGGGAAGAAUGUGGAUGUCCAAGUCCUCCUACAGGCUAUGAAGGAAGAGCCUGCGUCUGAUGCCAAAUGCAAGGACAAGUUCCUUGUCCAGACUGUCGCGGUCACUCGUGACAUGGAGUUUGCGAAUGUUACUUCCAUUUUCGAGAAAGCCUCCAAGGCUUCGCUUCAAGAACGCAAGAUCCGUGUGAACUGGCUCCCUGCAGAUGAUACCCCAGCUACCGAACAAGCCGCCGAAACCAACGGCACUAUGCCGGAAGAAGAGCCGCCGGCCUACACCUCCCCCAACGCCAACUUUGAGACUCCGGCUGCAGCAGUUUCCAAGAGCACUAACGACACGUCACCAAUCCCACCGCCAGACUUCAGCGAUAAGCCCAAGCGGGAAGUGCCCACCCCACGAGCGAAUGAGGACCAAGCCACGUCUUCGAAGUUGCCCCCGGCAGGCAGAACAACAGGCUCGAACGAUGAUCUGAAGGCCCAAUUGUCCGAGGCUCAUGCGCAGAUUCUGGCGUUGAAGGAGAAGUUGGCCGACCAGGGCCUGAGGCAGCGAAAGAUCGGAAGCGAGUCCGAAAAGGCGCCGGCGCCAUUGGUGCAGCAAACACCGCAAUCUUCCGAGGCCGGCGUGCCGGUGCAGAUCGUGGCUGGCCUGUGCCUGCUAAGCUUCCUGAUCGCAUACUUCUUCUUCUAG